AUAACAAUAUUAUUUAAGUAGAUAUCGACUAUCGAGUAAAGCACGUGCGCGGGUCGUACACAUUGUUUUUCAUUUGUCUUGUUUGUGGCGUUUGUGUUUAAUUAUUAUUUUGUGUCAUUUUCGUUGGCUUGAAAAUUAUUUGUAAACGUGUUUUACAAGAUAUUUAAUUCAACGGUUUUAGCGAAUCUUUGAGAACUUGAUUGUUUGUCGUUUCGUGUACGGUCGCUUACCGUCAAAAUUUUUUAAAUAUGGUUACUGGAAAACCCGUCAAAAAAAUGGAUAGAAACCAUGAUAAAACCACUGGACUCUAUAAAAUUGCUGCAAAAAUAUUAAAAAAAGUCAAAUCCGGUAGCAGUUAUAAAACUCAGCUUUAUCAAGCACAGUAUCCAAAUAAAUUAUCAUUGAAUGCUGUUCUGAUGAAUGUUUUUAAAUGGGAAAAGGUGAUAGAUGUGUUAGUAGAAAAAAGUAAUAUAUUGGAAAAAGAAAAUAAUAUGGACCGGGAUUUAGUGUAUGUCUUUAUCACUGAAAUGAUGUGGUCAAAAUUUGGUUUAAAAGGCACUGCUAAAAAUAUAUUAGCUGUAAAAAAAUAUAAGGCUGAAUUUUCAAAUCUUAUAAAAGAAAAUGAUUUAGAAAAACUAUCUACUGCCACUUAUACUAAAGGUUUGAAACCUAGGUUUUUCCGUAUUAACACAUUAUUAACUACACUAGAAAAAAUAUUAGAAAAAUUAUCAGAACUUAAAUUUAUUAAACUAAAAUCGCCAAAAUCUUAUGCUGAAUUUUUGGAAUUAAUCAAAUCCGACGAGUUCAAAGGAAAAAAGGUUUUUGUUCAAGAUGUUCACAUUAAAGAAUUAUUAGUUUUCAAUUCAAAUGUGAAGUUUUAUGAAAUUGAAGAGUACAAUAAUGGAUCUUUAAUCGUCCAAGAUAAGGCAAGCUGUUUGGCUGCUUACUUAUUAAAACCAGAAUCAAAUAGUACUGUGUUGGAUAUGUGUGCCGCUCCUGGUAUGAAGACAUCUCAUUUAGCUGCUAUUAUGCAAAAUACAGGUAAACUCUAUGCUGUUGAUCGCUGUAAAGAUAGAUUCAAUAUAAUGCAAAAUAUGUUGGGAAAAUAUGGUGUACAAAAUGUGGAAACAUUCAAUAUGGAUGCAUUAACUUUUCCUUAUUAUGAUGAUGUCAAAUACAUAUUAUUGGACCCAUCAUGUUCUGGUUCAGGUAUUGUGGAUAGAGUUCGAAAAGAUUCAUCGGGGCAAAAUCAAAAUUUUCAAGCAAGAUUGAAAAAAUUAGCUAAUGUCCAUGCUCAGUUAUUAAAUCAUGCAUUAAAAAGCUAUCCUAAAUUAGAACGACUAGUUUAUUCCACAUGCUCUGCAAAUCAUGAAGAAAAUGAAGCUGUUGUCGAUGAAGCUUUAUCUGUUAAUGGAAAAUUUAAGCUUUUAGAUGCUACCAAAAUAGUGAAAGGCUGGACCAACAAAGGAGCUCCAGGUUACGAUUGUUCAGAAAUGUGUCUCAAUGCUGUUCCAAGUGUUGAUUGUACUAAUGGAUUUUUUAUUGCUGUAUUUGUUCGUCGGGAUUUCGAAGAGAAAGAAGUUGCUGAAGAAGAGGAAAAUAUUGAAGAUACUGAAGAUGUCAAAAGGGAAGAAGUUGUUGAAGAUAUAAAUAAAUCUCAAAAUAUGAAAAACAAAAAUACUGAAAGUAUACCAUUAGUAAAAAGUAAAAAUGCAAAAAGAAGAGAAAGAAGGCUCAAACUGGAAAAAGCAAAUAAAACAAGUGGCCUACAAACUGCAAAAUCUAAAAAACAAAAAAAAAUAAAAACAAAAGAAACUUAAUUGUUGUGCUAUACUUUUAUUAAUAUUGACCUAUAUUAAUUUCAUUAAAACAUAUGACCAUCAUAUAAUUAAUAGAUAAUUUUUUUUAAGUAUUUAAUAAUGCCUUUCCUAAGUAUUUCAUUAUGUUUUGAAGUAUUUGAUCUGAUAAUUAUUCCAACACUUAUAUUUAGGGCAGAGGACUUUUAGUAUUUGCAUUAGUUUAGUGCAAUCUUAAUAAAAGACCAACGUAAGACAAAUUUGUAAUUCUACGUUAUUUAUUUUUGGAAAUGUUGUCUCUUAGUUGUUAAUUAUUUUUUUUUGCCUAAUUUUCACAUUUUCUUUAAAAUUAUAUUUAUUAAAACAACAGUUAGUUCCUAUACCAAUUGGUUAUUUUUGUAACUAUCACAGUGUAUGUGAGUUGAUUGAGUAUUUGAUUAUACAAUAGUACCAAAUUAGGUAUUUUCCACGAUUUUUAUAGCAUUGUUCUUAUUUCAGUAUAUUUACUAUUUAAGCUGCUUUGAAAAAACUCAAAGAAAUAUGCUUUGAUAAUUCAGAGUUUCUAUGUGCCCGAGUGCUUGCAUACUUUGCGUUUUGAUAGGACUAUUGUCCUCUGCCUUACAAUUCUAUCACAGUUU